UAUUUGACAGAUGUCAGGUGAUGCCUUGUAAUGAUUUUAUCCUAAUAAUUCUUUUUUGCAAAGAGUUAUGAUGAAAUUUUGAUUGAUUCAUGUAAUAAUUGCGUAAGAGCACUUUAAAAUCUACUGCAAAACAUUCCAUUAAACUAGUUAAUUUAAUUAUCAAUGACCUAACGUCUUUUAUGUUCAGUUUAAUAAGGGCUCAAAAGUUCCCUUGUCAUACCCCAAAAACAUUAAAAAUCACAUUUUACAGCAUGAAUAAGGGGGAAGAUCUAAGCGAUUUAAGAAAGCAAUACCAUGGCAAAGACACUUUAUUCUUGGAAGAAACCAUUGAAAAGAAAGACCCGAUCGAUCUGUUUGGAAAGUGGUUUAAAUUGGUAAAAGAUGACCCCAGGACUGUAGAAGCUAACUCCAUGUGCCUCUCCACUUGCACUAAGGAUGGUUUUCCUUCGGGACGUCAAGUCUUAUUGAAGUCUUAUGGUGAAGACGGCUUUAGGUUUUGCACCCACUACACUAGCAGGAAAGGCCAAGAAAUCGAAGAAAACCCUCGGGGGGCCAUAACAUUUUACUGGGAACAUUUUCACAGAUCGGUUAGGAUCGAGGGGACAAUUGAAAAGGCCCCCUUUUCAGAUGCUGACGAGUAUUUCAGUAAAAGACCGUACACGAGCCAAAUCGGGGCAUUGUGUAGUGAUCAGUCGAAACCUGUUGCCAACCGGGCAGUUCUUGAGGCCAAAGAGAAGGAACUGAAGGCCAAAUAUAAGGAGGGAGAAGUUCCCAGGCCUCCUUUAUGGGGGAUUUAUAUAUUGAAGCCUCGUUCGAUUGAGUUCUGGCAAGGCCAAACUGACCGGAUACAUGACAGGAUCCGAUUUAGAUUUCCAAACGAAGGGGAACCCGAUGGGGUUUUGAGCAAACAGGGGGACAACGGGUGGAUUUAUGAGAGGUUAUGUCCAUGAACAUAUCGAGGAAUUAUAUAUAAUAAAUGAUUCAUUAGU